UUGAGCAGUUUUCGCGGUUUGCGCACAAAAAAAGAUAGUUAGGAGCUUCCGGAUGGCAGCUCACCACUACCCGGACGUUUGCCGCUUCUGCGGAGAACACAACGACGUUAUUGUUGACUUGAUAUCGUCCCAGCUGUGCGAUAAAUUGGUUAAAUAUUUUCCCCUUAAGUUUGAUUCCACCGAUUCCCUCCCAAAAGUGGCCUGCACGGACUGCGCCAGCAUUAUCCAGCAAACGGAAGGAUUCAUUCUUAAAGCACAGGAAACCGAGAGGAACUUGCUGGCAAAGACAGGUCGUCCUCAGCCCGCUAACAAUGUCCUCUCUCCGUCGGAGAUCCGCUCACUGGCGUCGAAAGCGUCUCAGCCUAAAUCCGCCGAUAAGCCCAGCUUGAGUGACGUCCUGCAGAAGCUCGGGUCCGGCUUGACGGUGAAAAAAGUCCAAACCGGUGACAGCAAGUCUACGGACCGGAAUGCACAAGUGUCGGGCGUGGAGCAGUUCCUAGCAAUGAAGAUGGAGGUGCUGGACGAUGAGGUUGAGAACAUUCCUACCGAGGACUUGAUUCAGUACAACGACACCGAUGACGAGGAUGCGCAGCGUGAAGCACAGACCAGCUUCAACAACAUUGUCUCGGUUAACGUAAAGGAGUCCCACUCGGACUCGGAAGAGUGGCACGAAAGUUACCUGGAGGAGGCGUUGAGCGAGGAAGGAGACGAAGAUUAUACGCCGACGCCGUUGUACAGUGGGAAGCGGAAGCCGAGGACAAGACGACAUUUACCUAAGCCAAAGCCGCGGCCACGCGCUCCGGCGGCGCAAAGUGUCGUCAUUAACCUGAAGGAUCCGUGCCACUUUGUGUGCGUAACGUGUAAAGGCAAGUUCAGCAGCUUUGAGGAACUGCAGGGUCAUCUGGACCAGAGCGUGGCAUAAAAGGUCAACAGCACGUGCGAAGUUUGCGGCAAGGUUUGUGCGAACAGGAAGAUGCUUUCCCAGCACAAGUUAACCCACAGUGAGCGGCCGCAGUACGUGUGCGACCAGUGUGGAAAGGUUUACUCGAACGUCUUCAACCUCGAAAAUCACAAAAGUCAAGUCCACGGAGAUGAAACUGACUUUGGAUACGUGUACAAGUGCUGCGAUCUGACGUUCAAAACGCGCCGCGAACUGAACGAGCACACCGCGACUCACACCAAGAUACUGAACCUGCUUUGCGACGCUUGUGGCAAGUCCUUCACCUCCCAGAAGGCUCUAAAAUCCCACGCUAUGAGUCACACCAACAUUCGACCCUUUUCUUGCGAUAUGUGCCAGAAAGCAUUCCGCACGAAGCUUCUGCUGGUUCAGCAUGCCCACGUGCAUACCGGCGUGAAGGCGUUCAACUGCGACAUUUGCGAAAAGGCGUUCGCCAAAAAGGAAUCGCUACGGAAGCACUACAAAACGCACUCGACCGAGCCGGUGUGCUGGUCCUCGACGGGGGAAAAACUUUCGGUCAAACCUAUACAAUCGAUGCAGCAACCCAAGCAGGAGGAGCUGCAGAUGCCGCAGAUUCCUGCCAUGUUCAGCGGGAUCAACAUGAGUUUCUGAAAAUAAAUUUAUUCAGAUUUUUGGA